AUGUUAUCAUUAUGUUCAUCAAAUAAUAACGACAAUGAUUCAGCUACUAUUGAUUUAUUGUAUAAUUUAUGUAAAAAAAACGAAAUAGACAAUGUUCGAAAUAUUUUACAAACUAUCGAUAAUAGAAAUAUCAUAAAUAAAAAUCAUCCCUCAACUGGCUCAACAUGUUUGCAUGUUGCAUGUUACUAUGGACAUCGAGAAGUAGUAAGCAUUUUAUUAGAUUAUGGAGCUUUACGUUCAGUAAGAAACUUAGCAUAUAAUUUAACACCUUAUGAAGAAACUGGUAGAGAUGAUAUAAAACAAUUACUUUUACAACAAAAACAAUUUUGUUCAAAUAAUGAUUAUAAUUAUAUUGAAUGGUCAAUGAUAGGCGAUGAUCUUCUUGAGAAACGACGCCAAUUUCGUCACAUUAUUGAUUUAUAUAAAGACUAUGACAAUGAACAUUUAAUAUCAAAAUUAUUAGUUGAAGUUAUUCAUUAUUAUUUAGAUGAAUAUCUGACAAAUCAAUAUAAUAAUACUGAAAAUUUAGAACAUCAAACUAUUCGUAAACAAAUUAAAAUAAUUCAAGAAUGUUUUAAAGAAGCCAUAGAAAAACAAGAUUAUUUAACAUAUUUCAUAAAAGCUUAUACAUUAACAACAUGUUUUUUUGAAGAAUUAAAUAAACAUUUAGCUCUUUAUAUAUCAGAUUGUUUUGAUAAAACAAGAUAUUUUUUAUCAAAUUAUCGUCUUGUAAAUUGUCUUAGUCAUAUAGUAACACUUUUAAUCUAUCAUCCAAAUUUACCUCAAUAUCAUUUUCAAGGUGUAUGUUAUCGUGGUAUGAGAAUAACACAAAAUGAUUUAGAUCAAUAUCAAUUAAAUCAGCAUUUCUUAAAUCGUUCAUUUUUAUCAACAUCUAUUGAUCAUCGAGUAGCUGAAAUGUUUGCUGGUGAAGAUCAACAAUCUCAUAUGAGACAUACUUAUCAAAGUCAUCGUCCUUUACAAUACUCAUGUUUAUGUAAAUAUUUAAUAAAACAAAAUUCAACAGCUAUCAACAUACAAAGUUUAUCAACAAGACCGGAUGAAAAAGAAAUUUUAAUUCUUCCAUUUAGUGUUUUUAAAGUAAUAGGAAUUAAACGCAAUUAUCUUGAUAAUCCAACAGCAUCAAUUUCAAUUGAAAUUGAAUUAGAAGAAUGCGAAGAUCGAAAUAACAAUGAUUUACAAUAUAUUAACGAAUUAGAAGCAAGUUCAUUUUUAACAUCUUGUGAUGAUAUAAGAGACUCUAGAGAAUAUUCAAAACUUCAACGACGUCGAUAUAUUCUUUAUAGCAUCAUCGGAUUUUUACUAUUAGUUUUCCUUGUUGGUUUAAGUUUCACAUUCAUUUUUACUUUCGUUACUAAAAAGAAUACCACUACAAACAUCGCAACGUCAGCAAAAGAAACAGAUAUUGAUGUUGACAAUUCAUUACCACUAGAAGAUUCUUAUUCACCUAUGAAUCAACAAGAUUGCAUUAAACAAAUAACAGGAUUUCAAGAUUAUCAUAUGACUACACGAAAUUUGGAUGAUAUUGCUUAUAAUUUUAUAAUCUGUAAUGAUGAUCAUGACCAACAAGAAAUUUAUGAAGGUAGAGGAUGGAAAUAUAUUGGUGCACAUUGUAGAGGUUACAAUGACAGAUCAUUGGGUAAGAAAAUUUUCUUUUCUUCAACUUCCUAG